AUGGGGUUGCAGCAGUCAAAGAGGAACUGCUGCACCAGCAGGUCAACUACGGCAACGUCGAUGGCAUUCGCACGCUCCGGGGGCAGGGCGCUGUGGAUUGACAAGGAAGGCAAGACACCCCUGAUGCUUGCCUGUAUGCGGCCCGAUCUGUUCGACGUGGCCAAGGUGCUGAUCGAGUUGGGAGCCAAUGUGAAUGCCUACCGGCCUGGGUCACAUUGUGGGACAGCAUUGCACCAUGCUGCCAAGAAAGGGCUUCAGCAGACUGUCCAUUUACUACUCUCACAUGGAGCUAAUCCGUUCAUACCAAAUGAUGAUUGCAAUACUGCCCUUGAAUUGGCAAGAGAAAAGGGUCAUGUGAAUGUUGUACGUGCCAUAGAGGGACGGCUUUCUCUUUUUUGUGGAUGGAUGAGGGAGAAUUAUGCUCCUGCUUUUUUGGAUGCAAUUGCUCCACAGUUCAUGACAAGAAAAAUUUGGGCUGUUAUUUUACCCCGUGAAGUGCGAACUCCAACAAGGCUUCUUAAGUUAGAGUUAGCUAUAUAUCCCGAAUUACAGGCUUCUAAACCACGUGCUGUACUUAAACUAUGGAAAUGUCAAAUUGAGCAACCAAAGCUUAAUCAGCCUGACCCUUCCAUUAUCAUUUUUGACAAAGGAACAAUCAAGCCUGGGAAUGAGUCGUGGCCCACCCCUAAUCCAACCUCGACCCUAUUUUCUAGAGCGGAUGGCCCGAUCCUGAUCCAAUCCAUUGGUCAGCUUUAUAUCCUAAUCCAGCUUGGCCCCUUGAUAAUAAAAUCCCACUCCUAUCCUGAUCCUAAUUAA